AUGUCUAAUCACGGAAACACUACAGGAGUCAAUGAAGGACCCUCAUCCUUCGAGUCAGCCAGCACUGGAAGUUCUGUUGCCCACUCAACAUCUGAGACCCAUUCAAAGAACAACGCCAGCUCUUAUGAGACAUUCGCCGAUCUCCUGUUCAUCCUAGUCCUCCCCAUCUCAAAGGUUAUGAGCUCCUUUGACGCUUCUCAAGCGCCAAAUUUCAAACAAUUUCUCUACAAAAGUGAAUUGGAUUUUUGGAUAUACGGUCUUAUUGGGCAAAUUAACAGCUGCGGCCGGAGUUUUUGGAACAACUAUAUCUAUAAGCCAAUUGUUGGCCAUACUGCCCUUCAGCUUGGUUACGGUAUCAGGUUUGAGAGGGCCCUUGAUGAACUACUCAAGGCUUACAUUUUAAAAACCACGCCUGCAGCUAACCUGGCUGCAGCUGAACAGGCCCGGUGGGACACGUCGCCCGAGUUUCUAAAAACUCCACCUAUGGAUUCGGCGUCUGUGCGGGAAGAAGCCAUGGGGUCCUAUUUGAACCAGGAAAAAGAAUGGCCCGUAUAG